AUGCAGCAAGUAUUAACUUCUGUUUAUGACCUAAGUAGGCAGGGGAUAUAAUUUCUGACUGAUUUAUGUAUUAAUUAUCAACCUUAAGCCCACAAUGUCUCGUGCUCUUGGGAUUUGCUGGGGUGAAGGGUUGUGAUCAACGAAGUUCAUGUUACUAUUGAUUGAAAUUCACUUUUGCUUUUUUUUUUUCUCAAAUUCAGUUUUCUGUAUUCUUGUGGGAAAUCUAGAACUAAGUUUCAAGGUUUUUAUAAAUGGUGGAUUGGGGUAGAACUGGUGUGGACUUUUAGUUGUACUGCACAAAAACACCUACACAUGAAUGAAAGAAUGAGGAAAUUUGAGGUCAGUGUGUACAGUCAACUUGUUCAAUGAAAAGAUUAUCAGAUAGUAAGUUUUUGAAUUUAUGUCUGUCUGUAUUGGUUUUGGAUGAAGUGUACUAGAUUCUUUGCUACUGAUUGACAUUUGUUCAGCAUUACUUAUUACUAUCACUUGGAAAUGUGGGAUUCAUUUUGUGAAUGAUUUUAAGAUAUGACGUUUUUAACGUAAAUUUUAUGGGGUUUUUGUUAGAUAAUAAUUGGACAAUCCAUUUCUAAAUUUUAUUACUUAACAAAUAACUUACUACUUGAAAUACGAAUCCAAUCAGAAAGAAAAAAGUCAAACUACAAGAGCAAAAAAAAAAUUCAUUUUAUUUAGAUUUUCAGACUCAUUCAUUGUUUACAACCAGUUUAGAAAGAUUUUAGAAUGAUCUUAGAUUCAUAAAUAAUAUAGAUUUAAAGAUACUGUCAUAUAAUUUGGUUAUCAAAUGAUUAUCACUGAUGCCACAUGGAAAGUAUGGUGAGGAUUUAACUUCAGAUAAGGAAACGAAUGAAUCUUAUAAUCAUUUCUUGAACUAUAUUUUGGUUUCUUUGUUGGUAUUAUCUUUAGGUGGGUGAGAACAUGUGCUUGCAUCUAUGUUAUCGGCAAAGGACCUAGUUUUAUCCUCAGUAUAAAUUCAUGACUGAAAUUAUGUCACAUGUUGUAGGUAGGAGUUGAUUAUAUUUAAUCUUGGAAUUAUUUUGUAUUGACAAUAUUUUAUUAAUUUGGAUAUUACAUUGAAUCUAUUAAGUUUCGGGUUGACAUGAAAGUAUAAAUAUUAUGUGGUCCUUACUUACCCUUUGAAUCUUUGAGUUUCAGAUUGAUGCUUUGUAAGCUCAGCUCGCAAGCUCGUUAUGAAGCUCAGCUCGUUAGCUCGUUAUUGAGCUCGGCUCGUUAGCUCGUUAUGUAGCUCGGCUCAUCAGCUCGUUUAUAAGCUCGAUGGCUCGGCUCGUUAUGCAUUAGCGAUCCUAGAUCGAUUAUCGGCUCGAUAUUGGCUCGUUCAACAGACUCGCGAACGGCUCGCGAACAGAUCGCGAGCCAGCGAGCUCGAAUACGAGCUGCAUUUUCGUGCAGCUCGGCGAGCUCGAGCCACUGCUCGGCUCGAGUGAACAGUAACCGAGCUGAAACCGAGUUUCUCUGUGUUCGGGCUCGGCUCGGCUCGGCUCGGCUCGAAUCCAGCCCUACUCCAAGGAGCACGCAAACCCAACCGAAAUUUGAUUGGAAAUUUCAAAGUCUUUCUUUUCUCUCACUCAAAUGGGUUCGGGCAACAGUAGACUCCGGUCGGGUCAUUCUCUUCCCCGGGUCAGUUGCCGAUCAAAAUUACUCUCGUCUCUCCUGUGCGGUGGCUCCUCCACUCGCGCUGCUCCCAUCGAGAUGGAGGAGUAUUCCAAUGUAUAUCUGGUGAGUUCAGCAGAACAGUGUCCUCCCUUCACUGACGUGGUCCAAAAUCUCCCUAGUGGUUCUUUGAUUAGCAGCCUGAGUACUGAAACUGGACCCUCAUCUGGAAGCGACAUUGCAGCGAGUGGAUAUAAUUCUGCCAAAGAUGGUAGAAGAAAUGUUGAGACUAGUAAUCGUGGAAAAUGUUCAGCUCAUAGUAAGGAGUUAAUUUGUCCUCAUCUGGUAAGUGCUAAUUCUAGUCAUGAUGAAUCUUAUAGGUAUAGAAGUAGUACUACAGCUAGUACUUCAUUUAUAGAACAAGAAACUUCAGACCUUGUCUCUAUAAAUGAUUCAGCUAACCAGAAUGCAGUCAAUGCUAUUGAUAAUUCAGAAAAGGGUGUACCUCCAAUCUUUCCUGGGCCAAGUAGUUCAUCUUCUCAAACACUUGGGGAUUCUUUCUCUGAUGGGGUGUCUGCUGAGAAUCAUGCAAGUGAAAUAACAACUGCACAUAAUUCUUCUGUUUCUCAUGUCCCUGCAUUACCCAUAACUUUUCAGUCACAAGCAGAUGAAUCUAUUAGAGGGGCAUUGCCUGCUGGUUUAGGAUUUCUUGUGUCUAAUAGGGAACAAAGCCGGCUUGAUGGAAGUGUGUUGCAUGUGGAUGUUGUUAGUAUCUCUUCCAACAUUUUGUCUAGUGGCAGUGCUGAUGCCAGUAACCAUGAGGCCAGAAGGAAUAGUAGGAGAUUGUUUUGGGAUUCAUUUUCAAGGCGUAGUUCUAGGAGGCUUAUUGACUCUUCAGCCGUUGUUUUCUCUGCGGAUGAUGUUGGUGAUCUAGGAUCUCAUAACAGAUGGCUCCUUGACUUUAGUGGUGACUUCUUCGAUGAUGGUGUAAGAGGUGAUUCAGGUUACUUAGGCAGUAGAAUUCUCAGCUGGAAUGAACAAAGACGACAUUCAAGAUCUGAGACUUGGGAAAGACUUCGCUCUGGCUAUGAUGAGAAUGGUCAGCAAACUAGAAUCUGCCCAUCUGGUAUCCAUCCUGAUGGUUCGUGCCCAUGUGAGUCAUUUGUUAUGAGUGAUGAGUCUCAUUCUCAUGCAAUAUCUCGAAUAGUCAUGCUUGCUGAAGCUCUAUUUGAGGUCCUGGAUGAAAUUCAUCACCAUCCUGUAUCACUUUCUCUUUCUAUGGUCUCGCUUCCUGCCCCAGAAUCAGUUGUUGACUCAUUCCCUCUCAAAAAUCACAAGAAGGCAGACAAAGCUGGGGGUGGAGGGGAAGAUGUUGAACAAUGUUACAUUUGCCUUGCUGAAUAUGAGGAAGGGGACAAAAUACGAGUUCUUCCUUGUCACCAUGAAUAUCACAUGUCUUGUGUUGAUAAAUGGCGAAAAGAGAUACACAGGGUAUGUCCACUUUGUCGAGGAGAUGUUUGUCAGGUUGCCACCACAUCAUGUAACACAGAAACUCCUAACAUUUGACAGAAGUGUGAAUAUCAAUGUAAAUGGUGACAGGUUUUUUCCCUAUUAAUGUUGUAUUACAGCAAAUUUUAUACUGUAUCAAAAUUUCUUGUUAUGAAAUUAAAUAUUCCCAUCUUGAGGCAUCUCCUCAUGAUUUAGCUCUGCAGAACUAAAGAAAUGAAAUUUUGCUGGCAUAGCAAUUCUUUCA